UGGUCAUUUAGAUUCCAUCUUUUGUUUAAUGAAUCUGGCCAUAGUAAUGACCAAGUGCAUUUGCAAAAAUUCAUGUAUGGUAGAAAGCGCAGAGGGGAUGAAAGAAGUACACGCGCAGUUCAGGAAAUUAAAAGGGGGUGCACGAUUGGAAAAGGAGGAGACAAUAACAUAUGUGAAGGAAAAGGUAAGAUGUGAAGGAGCGCGAGAGGACGAGAAGUACAAGGCGGAAGAAGGAGAAGAAAGAGAAAACAAUGAAGAAGAACGAGAAGCUCCUCGCGAAAGAGGUCAUGUAGAACUCCUAGCCUCCCUCUCCCAUGUUUCCAUCUCCACCGGCGUCCCAGUCCCGGUCGCCGUGGGCGUGGCUGCGGCGGCCGAAUCGGACCCCUCUAGGAGUUCUGCGCGGCAGAAGUUUGCAAAUUCUCUUCUGAAUGCAACGCGGCUUUCCAUUGGAACACUCAAAAUCCCGACACCAAUCGAUGAAGCUCUGAGGGAACUAAUCUCAGAGUACCCCUCAAAGAAGGUCAAGAGGGAUGUGCUGCAGUUGUCAGUGCUACUGAGGGAGAGAAGCAGUGGCUUGAAUACAACAACGGAUGAUGAGCUUAUGGCCGUUGAUUCGUUGACAGAAGGGGGGGGGAGAGGAAGGGAGGGAGAAUUGGGAGAUGGAGGAACGGGAAGACAGGCUGCCGUUCCGGGAGACGCCAACAUGGAGUUUCAAGUGCUUGGGAGACGAACGCGACUGCAACGAGAAAAGGAGCAGAAAAGGGAAAAGAGAAUGGCGGCGGGGAAACGACUUGUGUACGGCGAGAAGGAGGCGGUAGCGUACUUGGCAUCAAGGGCUCCUGCUGUGUACAGCUCGCUGUAUCGAAUCUUGAGUGAGGUUGCAAUGCGCAUACCCGAUUUCCGUCCACAGCGAUUGCUCGACUUUGGCUCUGGUCCCGGCACCGCGGUGUGGGCUGCAUCACAUAUCUGGAAGGAAGAAGGCCUGGGCGAGGUGACAGUUAUCGAUCACUCCUAUGCUAUGGGCAGACUGCGCGAUCAGGUCUUCAAAAGCUUGCAGUUGAAAUUGGCAGGAAAAGUUGUGAAUCAUGCGACUCUUCAGAAUCUAUCACGCACAGCUCGUGGUGACGCGCGCAAUUACGACAUGGUUAUUGCGUCUUAUGUCUUGGGAGAAGUGGAUGGUGAUUAUGAGAGGAUGGGUGUUGUAAGAAGGCUUUGGUCACACACGAAAGAUCUGCUGGUGCUGGUCGAGCCAGGAACACCUCAAGGGUCUGCAACAAUCCGGCAAGCAAGGAGUUUGGUGCUGCAGAUGGAGAAAAAGAGGCUUAGACGGACAGCAGGUACAACAGCUCAUGGAGGAAGCAAGUCCACUGCAAUGGAGGAUGAUCUUGCUGCGGAAGUGCCUGAGGAGGACAACGGGUCCGGUUUCACAGCAGAUGCACAUGUGGUUGCCCCGAGAUUCGAUACUUCCGCUGCGCUGCGUGGAUAUGAAGAUGAGAAGUUUUCCUUUGUUGUUCUCCGGCGAGGUUCACGGCCAAGGAAACUGGAGGGCUUUCAACGAGAGGACUUCCCAUCCACAGCUGACAAUGCUGCAGCAUUUGAAGAUCUUCAGUUUGAAGAGGAGGGUGACUUGUUCUCCGGUGACAUGGAGGAGGACGGGGCAAUUGACAACAGCAUGGAGGGCAUCGAGGAAGUCGAAGCUGCCGCAGCUAACCACCUUCAUGAUGCAGGACAGCGAGGAGGGAUCGCCUUUGCGUCUAUGCAACAGGAUGCAGUGGUUUCGGAACCGGAGCAGUUCGUUGACCUUAUGGCGAGGGAUGACCUUCUCUUACGCUCAACUGGGAAAUCAGGAACAAGGGACAAUAGGAGUCGAGAUCUAAACGCACGGACUGACAAUGCUCAACAAUCAAAUGAUGAUUGCCUUGAUGGGAGGCACAGCAAUGUCUGUGAAAACGCCGAUAAUGUCACCACCGGCGCAGUAGAAGAAAAAGACGAAGAAGAAAGAGGAGGAGGAGAAGGAGGAGGAAGAGGAGGAGGAGGAGGAGGAGGAGAAGAAGGGUGUGAGGAUAUGCUUGAAGCUAGGCGUGAGGUAGCAGCAAGAUUAUGGGGAUUGCCGAGAGUCGUACGAAGGCCGCUGAAGCGCAGCGGUCAUGUAAUUUUGGAUUUAUGCAUGCCUGCUGCUGCAGAAGGUGACUCUGUUGCACUUGUUUCAGCCAAGAUGGAUAGAUUGGAGAGGAACAGCUCCUGUUCGCUGAUGAAUAGCUCGGUCUCGUCGAUGACGAAGGGUUCGAUCCAGCGACAAGUAGUUUCGCGUUGUGCACAGAGUGAGACAUACAGCCGAGUUCGGUACAAGCACGCAAGGAAAAGCUGGUGGGGUGACUUGUGGCCAUUUUAGAUGGGCUUUUUAAAAGUUUUUUUCCUUUUUUUUUAUCUUAGAUUCAUGGUCCUGAAUUCAUUCUUCGUAAUCUUUUCGUGUCUUCGACGUGUUCGAUGUCUAUUUCCAGUUUUAACUUUUAAGUUUUAACUUUUAAGUUUUAACUUUUAAGUUUUAACUUUUAAAGUUUUAGCAAUUUUGCGGAAGUCGUAAGCAAUUGAUGACCUCCUUCAGACUCUUUUCAGGGCCAGGUUCAGAGUAAUCCAUUUUGUCUUUUGCAACCCAGCUACUGAAUUUGGUCUGUUUUGUGACUAGGUUCAUGAACUUGGUCCAGGUGCAUGAUGUGGUUGAUGAACUUUGUCCAUGUCUGGCACGUGGGUCAUGGAUUUGGCCCGUUCAGUCAGUUUCAGCUGCCUGCAUUUCAGACCAUAGCCGUCUCAGCUGAUCCAUCUCACAGGCAAAUCAAUGGCAAUCGUGGAC